AUGGUUUCGUUGACAACGUUUGUGUCACUCAAUGGCGAAGACAUCCAUCUCUGCAAAGCACUGAAGCAAAACAGCGGCAAAAUUAGUUUUGCACUCAAUAUCCCGACCGACACCACAAACAAGAAGUAUAUCGUCGUUAAGAAUCACUAUUGGGAAGUGUUGGACAAAGUGGGAGACAAAGCGGAUCCUAAAAAGAGACACCGAAGGGACGACGCGGACACUGCGGCCGGAGAUAUAGCUCCAGCCGACGGCGCGCCCAAAGGUGGGCCCAAAGAUGGCCCCAAAGACGCGUCCAAACCGACCGACACUAAAGCCGCCGCCGGUCCGAAAGCUAAUGAAACGGCCGCCGCUUCCGUUGCUCUCAAGGAUAUUAUGGGCAAAGACUCUGAUUGGCUGAACGGAGAUUUUGGCAUUGGAUUUGGGAUCAGAUACCCGGACGCCAAUGAUAAGGCUGUUUGGACUAAAGAUGUGAUCGGAAUGAUAAGCACGGACUUGUCUUCAGUCAAAUGGGGGGAGUAUUUGCUGACAUUGACUGAACUGAAACCCGCCAAAAGUGAUACCUUUAAAGUGACGUUCACUGGCUUUAAACCGGAGAUGGCUUUCACCAGUUAUGCCCGACGAGACAGUCAGAGCCUUAUGCUAAUGGAACAGACCAUGAGUAACAACAAGUGGAAGGCCCGGUUCCAAGAGUACACUAUGGAUCCGACCGCCAAUAACUGGAUUCGUGUUAAGGACCAGAACAUGAAUCGCUGGAAGAACGACUCGGCAGAUCCCAUGGAUAUGCUUACGUCUGCGCGUGCGGUGCUGUCUCUAGCCCUUCAAGAUGUGGCCACCAAUUACUACAUCAAAGGCGCGUUCAAUACUUACGUCAAAUCAAGCGGUUUCGAGGAAAACGGAACUAUUGUUUUGGUCGAGAAUUGCAUUGAAAGCGCGUCUAAGUAUCCGUGUCCGGGACCCGUCUCUUACCAGACCUGCACUGUUCGCGAUUUCGAUCCCUACCCCACGAAGACAACCUGUAAACGCGAUGAUCUCAAACCGCUCUUUGACUGCUCCAAGUGGAAGGAAGACGUGCCCACAACACCCGGAGCUGUGCGGGCGGCCGACGUAUCAAACGCCACAGAGGGAGUCGACACAAGUGCGGCCCCAACCGAACCCAAGAGCGAAGAGAAGAAAGGCAGCGGAACUACGAUUUUGAUUAUUGUUAUUAUAAUAAUCAUUAUAAUAAUAAUUCUGAUUCUUCUCGCCUUCUUCUGCAUGAAAAGUAGCACAAAAUCAGAAGACAAAUCUGGCGGCGGUGGACCGAAAGCGGGUGCCGUUUCUGCGAAGCCUUCGAAGGCGGGCUCGACCACAGGCGGCCCUAAAUAUUUGUUCACUUCUUCAGCAUCUAUGGGCUCAACGACAUCAAAGAUGAGCGUCCGAUCAAAAGUGGCCUAA